AUGCGAUUCGGGCUGAGUCUCGGUUUUCAGUGCCCUGGAGACACGUGGAGCGGGGAGGGGGCCCCGGGGCUGGAGGAGGCAGGUGACCCGGGCCGCCCGGGCUUCUCCUGCGACGGAAACAGGACGACGGGUGAUGCGGUCAGUGAGAAGGGGCCAGGCCGCCUCGCCAGCUGGGAGCGGUGCCGCGGGCUUCCUGGAGGCGGCAGCACUCUGCACAGGUACCGUGCCUGGAUCCUGGUCUGCGAAGGCCGGAGAGAGUUCGGGAAGGACCAUGGGGAGGAGGACUCCCAAGCUGGUGCCGGGGGCACCAGGCAUCCUAAGUCCUCCCUGCCCGGCGGGAGCACCUCAGAGGCCCCGUACCCCCCGCCACCUGAGCUGCAGCCCCCCACAAACUGCUGCAUGAGCGGCUGCCCCAACUGCGUGUGGGUGGACUACGCAGAGGCGCUGCUGCAGCACUACCAGGACGGCGGGGAGCGGGCCCUGGCCGCCCUGCAGGAGCACGUGGCCGACGAGAACCUCAAGGCCUUCCUCCGGACGGAGAUCCAGCUCCGCCUGAGGAGCAGAGGCUGAGCGGCCCGGCCCCGCCGACAGCUCCCCCGCGGGAGCCCGAGCUCCUGCCCAGCAGCACGCGGCCCCUCUGUCCCGGGCGGCUUCAUGGGGCCUGGGUCGGGUGGGAAUCGACUUCGCCUGGAAAUAAAUAAGCUCCCUGCUGCUGAGA